AUGCCACCCGACCUCGACUUCCCACCUGCCUACCAUCCGGCGUUACGGCCAUGCUCUCCACCAUCACCAUUCUCCUCAUCACCUCUGAUGACCGAUAACCCAUUGCUCAACCACGUACCAGCGGCUUUUCACCUUCGCGAGACCACAUAUGCUCCGCCAUGCACAAGCACCGCACAGGCGAAAGCGGGUGCGGAGGUGUGUUUGAGCGACUCCGGUGCUAUGGGUGAUCGAAUGUCGAUGAUGACCGCAGGACGACGACUACGCGGCCGAGUGUUCGAUUGCGGUCGUGAGGAUACGUCAGCUGUUAUUGGAGGAGACAAGCAGGAUGAUGAAGACGGGACAGUGUUGAGUUACUUCUCCUCAUCUGAUGACGACGAGGAGGACAACGGAGAUCACGAUGCCAACGCCGAGGCAAGCACCCACGAUCACCGCGACUCAUCGGAGUCAGAAGACAUGGACGAUCUCGAAUUGUCCGGCGACGACGUGGAAGGAGACUUGGAGGACAGCAACCUUCGACCUCGUCGGCAAAACACUGACUCAUCGUACGAUCGUCCUGGCCAGCGCAUAUCCCACCCUUCCUCCUCAUUUCCUUCGCGGCACCGGCGAGAUCCUACACCAUACCCGAGCCGAGCUAAGCAACACACUCUAGUGGACGAACAAUAUGACGUUCUGAAGACACACGCUCACGGUGAUCGACGUUGUCUGUUGAGUGAGGCGAGACAACGGGAUGAGGCGAGCAAUAUCGGUGCUUGA